GAAGAACUUAGUUAAGAUGAAGGAUACAAUAGCUGAUCUACCAAAAGGCCCUUUAGACCCUUAUAGAAAAUCUGCAACAUUUGAUUGGAAAUUAUUGAAACUUAAUAUAGAAGGAAAAGAUUUUGUUGAAUUUCAGAAAACGUUGUGGGAUUUUAUGAAAAAGACAUCAGUAUUUCAAAGACAUAGCUGUACUACAUUAGAUGAACAAAGAAGGCUUUGUAAUGCUCGUGUUCGAGCACUAAGGGAUAAUAAUAUUGCAAGUCCACUAACUCAUGCACAUUGGUUUAAUAUAGUAUUUCAAUAUGAAGCCUCUAUACCAAUAAAAAUGGGUGUGAUGGAUGGUAUGGUACCAAGUACAAUUCUUGCAUUGGGUAAUGAUGAUCAUUUUCAGACUGUAGCAAAAAUUCAAGAGGGAGAAUAUACUUGUUGUUUUGCACUGACUGAGAUAUCCCAUGGAACAAAUGCAAAAGGAAUAAGAACUACAGCUACAUAUGAUGCAAAAUCAAAGGCUUUUAUCUUAAAUACUCCUGAUUUCGAAGCUGCAAAAUGUUGGAUUGGUGGUUUAGGAAAAACUGCAACGCAUGCUAUUGUAUUUGCACAAUUAAUAACGCCAGAUCAACAAAAUCAUGGUCUUCAUACUUUUAUUGUACCCAUUAGAGAUCCAAAUACUCAUAUACCUUAUCCAAAUAUAGAUGUUGGUGACAUGGGUGAAAAAAUUGGAUUAAAUGGAGUUGACAAUGGAUUCAUAAUGUUUAACAAUUAUCUUAUUUCUCGAACAUGUUUGUUAAAUAAAACAGCAGAUGUUACUGAAGAUGGGAAUUAUACAGCAUCUGUGAAAGAUAAAAGCAAACGAUUUGGUGCAUCCUUAGGUGCAUUAUCUUCGGGGCGUAUUACCAUUACAUCAAUAUGCGCAAACUUUGCAUCUGUUGCAAUAACCAUUGCUGUGCGAUAUUGUACCGUAAGAAAACAAUUCGGACCAUCGGAAUUAGAAGAAUGGCCAGUUAUAAAAUAUCAAGCGCAGCAAUGGCGAUUGUUUCCUCACUUGGCAGCAACAUAUGCUCUAAAAAUAUUUUCUGCUGAAUUUGUAAAUCAAAUGUGCGAAUUUAAUUUCAAACUUAUAACUGCAAAAAAUCAAGAUAAUAUUGAUAAUGAAGGUAUGGAAAUACAUGCAUUAUCUUCUGCAACAAAACCAGUAUGUUCGUGGACUAGUCGAGAUAUUAUACAGGAUUGUAGAGAGUCUUGCGGAGGACACGGUUAUCUUAAAAUCUCACGUUUGGGCGACUUGAGAGCUGAAAAUGAUGUAACUUGUACAUUUGAAGGCGAAAAUAAUGUAUUAAUUCAACAAGCUAGCAAUUGGUUACUAAACCAAUGGUCAAACGUACUCAAUGGAAAACCAAUAAAUUCUCCUUUAAGAACAGCAGAUUUCAUGAAAGAUGCCAACAAUAUUUUAAUGCAAACUUUCCCUUAUACAACAGUUGAUGAAACAUUGAAACCAGAAAAUUUAUUUUUAUCCUUUACGUGGUUACUAUGUUAUUAUUUAAAAAGAACAUAUGAACAGACACAAAAUUUGAAACGCAAAGGCUGUGAUGAUUUCGAAAUUAGGAACAAUACUCAAGUAUUCUUUGCACAAACAUUAUCUCUAUUAUAUGGGCAGCAUGUGAUAAUGAAGUACUUCAUAGAAUGUAUUCAAAAUCCUUCAUGGAGAUCAGAAGAACGCAAUGUGCUAAUAAAGUUAUGUUCGCUCUAUGGAGCAGCUAUUUUAGAAAAAAGAUUAGGAGACUUUUAUGCUGGUGGAUAUGCGUCACCCAAGAGUAAUAUGGAUACAUUAUUACGAAAAGGGAUUAUAAUUUUGUGUAAAGAAUUAGUUCAAGAGGCGGUAGCAUUAGUAGAUGUUUUAGCACCACCAGAUUUUGUAUUAAAUUCUCCAUUAGGAAUGUCUGAUGGUCAAGUAUAUAAACAUAUCAAAGAAGAAAUAUUUAAAGUCAAAGAAAACUUUGAACGACCGUCAUGGUGGAGAGAAAUAGUACGAUCAAAAUUAUGAUAUGUACAUAACAUAUUUGUCUGCUUCUGCAAACCAAUCAUCAUAAACCAUUUGGGGUUCAAUCAUCCAAAAUUUAUGGAAUGAUAUGGGUUCUUGUGAAGCAAGGUAUGCAGUCGCAUAAUCUGAAGGGCGUGCCUAUAAUAAAUAUAUAUUAUUGUUUUGAGAGAAAUUACAUUUAUCUUAAAUAAAAUAAAUAAUUUCGUAUAACAUACUUGAUGAAACAUUGAUGAAUGUACAGGUUGCACUCUGAUUCGUGAUAGACAUAUACCAAAAAGAUACAUAUCAUCUGGAGUAGUAGAUGAUGGACAUUCACAUUUACCUAGUUCUAUGAUUUUGUGAACCAGAGAUGCAGAUAAAGCAACACCUGCUCCACCUGUUAAAUAUUCAUACCCAUAAUCACUA